AUCUCUCUCUUCCUCUUUCUCUCUUUCUUCUUUCUCCUCUAUUGCCCCCUCCAUCGAUGCGCUCAUAUCGCGCGUCAACUCUGACCGCUCGUCCCUCUCUCCACCUCUGAUGCUCCCAUCACGAGCUAUUCUGUAGCACGAAUUGACGCCACGAUUGACGAAUAUCUGACGUACAAGUGACAACAUGUAGAUUCUUAGAUCUUCAUCAGGCCAUGUCAGCGUGAUCGGGGUUGUGAAUCUGAUAGCCAACGGAUCCGCUCGUUGAAGCGGAUAACAAUCACGGCUACGACGACGACGAUUUCGUCGGCAUAUCGAUCCUUCUCGAUGCAUCCCUAUGCUGGUAAACAGUCGACCUCGCCCGCAGCAGCAAAUCGGUAGAGAUCAUCACCAUCACCGAGACGAGAUGGAGUUCAUCGGCGACUACGAGUACAAUGGUCGGGACAUGAUUGGCAACGGCGCCUUCGCCGUAGUUUUCAGAGGCAGGCAUCGCAAAAAACCAAAUUUUGUGGUAGCUAUUAAAUGUAUCACAAAAAAGAACUUGGCUAAGUCACAAGAGUUGCUCAAGGAAGAAAUCAAGAUCUUAAAGGCAUUGACUAAAUUGCAUCACAAGAACGUUGUUGCAUUGUAUGAUUGUAAAGAUUCUACUCAUAACGUCUUCCUAAUUAUGGAGUAUUGCAAUGGUGGUGAUUUGGCAGAUUACCUAACUGCCAAAGGUAGUCUCUCUGAAGAUACUAUUAGGCUAUUUCUGAGGCAGAUAGCUGAAGCAAUGAAGAUAUUGCAUGAGAAGGGUAUAGUACACAGGGAUCUCAAACCACAGAAUAUUUUAUUGAGUUACAGCGGUGGCAGAGCAUGUCCACAGCCACAUCAAAUAACGGUGAAGAUAGCGGAUUUUGGUUUCGCUCGGUUUUUGAAAGAUGGCGUGAUGGCUGCUACAUUGUGCGGCUCGCCCAUGUACAUGGCACCAGAAGUUAUUAUGUCACACAAGUAUGACGCAAAAGCGGAUCUGUGGUCUUUAGGUACUAUUGUGUAUCAGUGUCUCACCGGGAAAGCACCGUUUCAGGCCAGCAAUCCUCAUGCACUCAAGUCGAUGUAUGAAAAGAAUGUCGAUUUGAGACCCGACAUACCGUCUGGGACUUCGCCGGAGCUGACACAUCUGUUGAUGGGCUUGCUGAAGCGCAAUCCGCCUGACCGCAUGAGCUUCGACGAGUUCUUUAAUCACCCAUUCCUUCAGGGCACCAGGAUGACUCCGAGCCCGGUAUCCGCCGAGUUAUCGGCGUCGCCAAGGGCGACAGCGAUGCCCGAAGCUGCACCGAUCGUCGACAGGUCGGAAGAGCCUGAAACAAGCAGUCCGUGCUCCAGUCCCGAGGAUGACUUUGUCCUCGUGCCGAGCGACCUCAGCAGCGACGCCGACAAUAAUCCCAACCCGCAACCGGUCAAGUAUACCAAACAAGCGAACAGGGACGCCGUCAGCCCGCCGCGACCGUGCUUAUCGAAAUUGUGCGAUUAUACCAGGCAGACGAGCAGGGAAGCUGUCAGCCCUCCUCGGCCGUGCUAUCUUCCCAUCUCCGAACCGAUCCCGGUUCCGUGCAAUCGGAACGCGGCUCCGCAGCCGCCGUCACCUUCGACGAAUGCCCGAUCUGGCAGCAGCGUCGUACCCCGAUCUCAACCCAUCAGCAUGAAACGCAGCGUAGACUCUCACAGGAGUCAUCCGCCGGACAUCGGCUCCCUCAGUCCGCCCAGUGUGCAAUUUGUCAUCGGUACUCCGCCUGGCAGAAGAUUGAGCGAGACACCGCCGCCGCCAAAUACCUGGCAGGUCAGUCCGGUGGCAAGGCACUCACACACCCCGAGCGGUACAUCGCCAUUACGUCGAUCUACGGGUAACAACAGCGCGUCAUCUCCGCUGCUCACCGGACCAUUGGCGGUGCUGGGCUCACCUACGUCGAGAGCUUUCCAAGAUAACAACAAUACCCUCAGGCACUCGCCCGUUAUUCCAUUCGGUACCAGGGCCGUCACUCUCCCCGAGAUAUCCGAAGCUGGCAGUUUCCAAAGCCUCUUCCCCGAUAUACCGCCAAUGACAACCGACGAGCGCCCGUUGACAUUCAUCGCGCCGGAAUUGCCGGAGGAAACGCUGCUCGAGCGCGAGCACAAUGAAAUUUUAGCCAAACUCAACUUCGUCGUGGCGUUAUGCGAAUGUGUGUGCGAAGUCGCUAGGACUAGAGCCGGGCCGCUUGGUAAUUUCGAAGAAGCUGCGCCUCUCGGCAGCAUCGAACAAGCAGGCAAUGCGGCCACCAGACGACGAGCCGAGCAAGUGAUUCUACUGGUCCGAGCUUUGCAGUGGCUUAGCUCAGGUUUGAACCUGGCCACGCAGCAGCUCAAAGCUGGGAGGUUACAACCGACAGCUAGUGUGAAGGAGGUUGUUAGUACCAUGAACGAGAAAUUCAGAUCGUGCCUCACAGAAUGCAAGCAGUUGAAUAGUGCGGGGCUCCUUCGGCAAACAGGUGCCACGGCGGACAAGAUACUGUAUAAUCACGCGAUUCAAAUGUGUCAGUCAGCGGCAUUGGAUGAGCUGUUUGGAAAUCCCGCGGAAUGUUUCCAACGUUAUCACACGGCGCAGAUAUUAUUGCACUCGUUGUCGCAGCAUGUCAGUCACAGCCAGGAUCGUGCUCUGCUCAUCAAAUAUAAAGACGCCGUAGAGAAGCGGCUGUACGUGUUGCAGCAGCAGGGCUACAUCUACGCGACCGAGCCCACGUAGCGCUUGUGAAACGCGGCAGCCGAGCGCAGCGGCCGAGUCCCGCCCGCACUACCAGCCGAGCCCGUACCAUUACCGCACUCGAUAUCGCUCUUUUUAUGUAAUAUAUUCUGCCCUAUUCUGUACAAAAGGCGUUGAAAGCCGAGACCGGUGUGUAUACGUCGCGACAUACAAUAGGCGUUCACAGAUGCUUGCAGCGUUCACCGGAUGUGCAUUGCAAAGGUAUCUUCCGAGCAAACAUGUCUUGGCUGCUCACGUGUCGCAAAGUCGAUUCUUUCUAAAUGAUCAUCAUGUUCAGCGUUUUUCGUUGCUAUCGCAAAUAGUUGUAUAUUUGCGAUUUCGUAAAAAAGGCGAAAGAGAAGGCGAAAAAAGAGAAACUGCAUCGAAUACAGAAGGCAGAAUAAUGUUUUGCGAUGAGUAAGUGCGUAAAAAGGAUUAUUUAGUCGAUAAUUUGUCCGACAUGCGUCUCAAACGUAAGAUCAAGUGAUACGGCAAAAUCAUUAAACAACACAAUGUGUUAGUGCAAUAUCAUAUCUGAUAUUUAAUAUAUAAAUAUUAUAUAUAUAUAUAUAUGUAUACUUUAAGUUUUUAAUGCUAGAAAUCAGAUUUCAUCUUCAGAGCAAGUUCGGAGUAACUUCAGUAUCGUAUCGUUCUUUUUAUCUUUGACACGAUUUUAUCAAUCUCUGCUGAUAUGAUCGAGAUCAAAGAAUCCGAUUUUUAAUUCUCGAAACGAUUUUUCUUGUAUUCCAGUCUCUCUUGUAAGUGAAAAACCUACAAAAAUAUGAGACUACUGUUUUGUCAAUACAAGAAACGUUCAUCUGGUGAAUGUAUAGGGUAUUUAUGACGUCUAGUGUUCGCGCCAAAUGGAAACGGGACAAAGCGGCUGACUAUCUUACCGAGGCUAAUUAAAAGAAGCUUUCCGUAGUUCCAUACGGAAUAGGGUAGAUAGCGAAGAAAAUGAGAGUCCGCUGCACCUCCUUGCCCCCUUCCCUUUCCGAUCCUCCUUCGACUUCUCAAGGUUUCUUUAUAUGAUUUAUUAAUACUUAGUACGACUAAGGUAUUAUAACAAUUGUACACUGUACUGUAUAAUGUACGCAUGAUCGGAUUAACUAAUCUUUAUUUCAUAUCGAUUAAUAAACAUGUGUAUACUACACGGCGUUGUGCGUUCAAUGCAAGGCACUUGUCUCGUCGCUCUUGACCGCACUGCGAUGGUGCAACAGUAACGUUGAUUGUAAGAAAAAAAA